AUGCGGACGCGGGGCCAUGCUGGAAACAGACGGGCAGUAGAGGCCAAGGGGCCGUCCCCACACCUGGAGCACAGAGGACCCAGGGCCAGGGCCACGGGAGCCAUGGAGAGCUUCAUAGAGUCACUAAACAGACUGAAGGAAGUCCACGAGAAUGAGGUCAUGGGCCUGCAGAACAAGCUUCUGGAACUGAACUCAGAGAGGUGCCGGGAUGCCCAGAGGGUGGAGGAGCUCUGUGCCAAGAACCACCAGCUGAGGGAGCAGCAGAAGGUGCUAAAGGAGAAUCUGCGGGUGCUGGAGAACAGGCUGCGGGCUGGGCUGUGUGACCGCUGCAUGGUCACCCAGGAGCUGGCCAGGAAGAAGCAGCAAGAGUACGAGAGCUCCCUCCUCCAGAACCUGCAGCACAUCUUCCUCCUCACCACUGAGCUGACUCGGCUGCAGGAGGAAAAUGACGCCUUGAAGGAGGAAGUGAAGCGGCUUCAGGGCCCAGGUGGGGACAGGCCCAAGCCCCAGCUCAGGGAGGGCACCUCGGAGCCCCCGUCACCCCUGCUGCUCCCCUCCCUGGGUGCCCGGAAGGCUGUCACUGAGAAACCACUGGGAGGCCACGAGGAGACAGAGGAUGACCAUGCAGGUGCAGGUCCACAGGAGAGGGGGGUGCUGGGGGUAUACAGGACAUCUCCAAUGGCCAAAAUCUCCCCAAGUCCCAAUCUGCCUGAGGCAUGGACCCCGGACAUGAACCCCCAGCACAUCUCCAACCAGCUGCACGGGACCAUCGCCGUGGUGCGGCCGGGGUCCCAGGCCUGCUCCGCCGACCAGGGCUCCACCAAUGGGACGCCCCCACUGCCGCCCACCAGGAAUAGCCCACCCAGCCCACCUGGUGAGCACAGCCUCCCUCUGGACAGCUUCCUGCAGGCCUCUCGGCCCUCUGUCAAGACCUGCGAGUCCCUGAAGCACUCCCUCCAGGCCGACCGCCUCUGCCUCCUAAACCGCCACCUAACCCUGCACCUUGGCAGCCCCCCGGUCCCCACCACAGCCCCCAGCGGCCCCCAGUCCCAGGGCCUCAAGGCUGGGGAGGCGGAGGUCUGGGAGGAGCCCUCGGGCCUGCUGGGCCUGCCGGGCGCCCUGGCGGGCAUGCGGAACCCACAGCUGGAAGGCGCACUGCACAUGCUCCUGGCCCAGCAGCUGCGGGCACAGGGCAGGGUGGGCAGUGCCCGACUGAGGGGCCCUCGGGGGCCCAAAGGGAUGCCACCCUCCCCACCAGCAGACUCAGACUCCGAGGGUCCUGAGGGCGAGGCGGCCAGAGGGAGGCACCCACUGCCUGCAGGCCCGGGCAGCCCCCAGGGGAAGGAGGGCACAACCACACAGGACUAUGUCCCAGACAAGCCCCUGGACCUCUCAGAGCGCGGUCGGUGCCGGGCCAGCGCCCCCAAGCCUGCCAACCAGUCGGGGUCACUCAGCCCCCCACGGGUCCCCACGCCCAGCCCUGAGCCACCCCAGGGAGUGGGACCACCUGCCCGGUGUGGAGCCCAGAGACUCAGCAAUGGCACCCAGGAAGCCAAAGAGCCAGAAGCAAAAGAGCAUCCACCUUCCCCGGACACCCCCUACUCUGCCCCAGGGCCCCACCUCAGCCUGCCCUCUCCAAGUAGGCAAGGAGAGGAGGACAGAGGGAGGCCUAAACUGCCCCCCUACCCACCAAGGCCUUGUGGAGAUGGCCACCCAGAGCUCAGCAAAGCCCAAGGACAACAGCCGGAGUCGGAUGAGCUGGACGAGCCAGACACCUCGGACAGUGAGAUGGGCCUGAGGACCCGGGUGGAGGCCACACAGAGCUCGCCGGAGGAGGGACCCGGGUGCAUCUGCAACAAGGAGUGUGGACGGGGCCCGCAGAAGAGGAAGUGGGCCUCUGACCCCUGGAGCAAAGCCUCCAAGAAGCUGACCUGA